UCUGUAUCCGGGAGAAGGUGGGCGAGCAGACUCAGGUGGUGAUCAUUGACAUGGCAGACCCCAAUACACCCAUCCGCAGGCCCAUCUCAGCCGACAGCGCCAUCAUGAAUCCAGCCAGCAAAGUCAUUGCACUUAAAGACGGUGAGUUGAAAUUUAACUACUUCAUUGUGGAAGUAAAAUCCUGUUUUCAAGACUGUUAAUGAAAUAUAUCAUUCAGCAUUGCCUUCAGUAAAAUAAUGAAGCAUAUGGACUGUAUUGAUUAUAGCCGACAUGACGUUAUCCAACACUGUGUACCAUUGGACACAACUAAGCUCAGGUUUUGGUACAGUGCUCUUCAAGCCUGUAUGUUAGUGGCCUAGCUUUUAAUAUUUUUCAUAUAUCUGAAUCCAUCUCUGGAUAAUUCUUUGGACCUUCUUCUGGGCCAUUGAAAAUAUUUCUUCAUAAACAGGAUUUAGCUUUCACAACCUUAUAGCUUGCUGGCAUUCCAUCAUUUUUAUUACAUGUACAAUUGAUUUAGAACCUGUGUUACAUGUGGUAAUACUGUGGGUAAAAUGAUUUCAUUUUAAUUCACAUCUCCUCUCAAUUUUCAUUUGAAAUCCAUGUCCUUAUCCAUCUAUGUGAAGUGAUAAUUCCCCAAUCCUGUUGUUUCACUUGUUUCCCAGCUUUGUUUAAUAUUUCUUAAUUAAUUUAACAACAUAUGUCAAACUUGUGGUUCUCUUUAUACCAAGCACUGAAGUUUAGUGUUUGCUCCAACAACCAGAGAGCGUAGACUUAAUGCGCUGACAUGUAAUCUGUAAUCUGAGAAGUCUAAUGGCAUCUGAUAGAUGCAUUGAUUUGAUUUCACAUGUUCUCGAUGGGACAUCGUUCUGUUACAUUGGGUUCCAGAUGAGGAGCGAACUGAGUGAAGAAGAGAUAUUUGGUUAUAACUAGGGAUGCACCGAAUAUUCGGUAAUCGAAUAUAUUCGGCCGAAUAUUGCAAAAAAAACCACACAUUCAGUAUUCGGUGGAAUAAGUUAAAAGCAAGGCCGAAUAAUAGUGGCAUGUUUUGAUAACGCAAUCAAACAGCGUGCCGUGACGCGCGGAGUGAAAUGUCUGCAGUGUGGCGAUCCGUCCAUCACGGCACUUGCAUUUGCGACUAAAAAUAGUUUUGAGCAAGCAAAAUAGGCUUAAAUCAUUCAGCACGCUGUGUGAGCAGCCUACAGAUUUCAACCAGCAGCAGAAACGAAAGGCGAAUCCCACCGAUUGUGGGUUGAACGGGGGCCAAACACAGACAGUAAUGUAUUCCUGUCAAAUACGGCGGCCAUCGGCUUACCCGGCGACGGAGAAGUCAGUUCCAAUAAUAUCUUCUUCUUGGUGUCAUGACUGCCCAGAAGUACCUGAACAGCCGAGCCAGCCGAACACAGGUAUGUGACGUGUCAGAGGAGAAACGAGCCUUUCACAUUUCUCUCUUUCUGGCAGUAACUGCCCACAAACCUCACCGCACUUUAGGGACUGUUCGUUACUUAUGAAGGGACUGUCAGGGGAGGAGGGUGGCUGGUUGAUUUUUAUUUUAUUUAUUUAUUUUAUUUUGAUCCCCUCUAUGUUAAUCACUUAUUGAUGCUGUUUUUGAAGUAUGAAUAAGUCAAUAAGUAAUUCAUUCCAUUGAAAUAUCAUUGAUGUAUUAUAGAAAAGUGAUUUAUCUUUUUAUAAAUGACAAAAGGCACAUCUGCCUCAUUUUUGCUGUGGUAUCGUGAUACUACUCAGAACCAUGAUAUUUUCAUUGGUAUCGCACAGUGGGUCCCAAUUUUGGUACUGUGACAACACUAAUCUGGAGGGGGUUCAUCUGCAAAAACUAAUGAAAAACUAAACAAUGAUAUUCGGUAUUCAGUACUCGGUAUUCGGCCAAGCAUUUAAUAAUAUUUGGUUUCGGCUUCGGCCACAAAUUUUCAUUUCGGUGCAUCCCUAGUUAUAACCUGUGAGGCUCGCUUGUCAGGUUGUGAGAAGUGGGGUUAAAGGAAUACUUCAAUGCCAAAUGACCAUUGUAUAUCAGUUAUUCACCCUGUGACUUUGUGAAGAAAACUGAUUUUGCAUGCUUUCAUGGUGAACGGAGACUCCAAAAAUAGGGGAGAUUCUUGAUGAAUUGAAGUCAUGGUCGACUGUGUUUAACAAAACUACAUCAAAAUAUACAUUUAAAAAUUCUCACACAGCUUGUAAAGUAUAAUCCAAAUCUUAUUUAUCCAGUCAAAUGCUCAGUACUCCGCAAGCAGACAGUAAUUUUACCUCACUGAACACAGGAGCUGCUGGUCUGUCACUGCCACGAUUAGUUUGUUUAUGUUAUUGUGUGACAUUGGUGAAUCUAAACUGAUCAAGGCAGUGGUAGACCAGGAGCUCCCUUGUUCUGCGAGAAGAAAUUACUGUUUUUGUCAGUGUAGCCUGGCUUUGAAGAGAACUUGGAUGAAGUUUUCCUUUCAGAUUAGUUCCCUGUCAGAAAGGGAUGUCUGUUUGGGAAGCUCUCAGCAUAUGACCGGAUAAAUGAGACGACAUGGGUUAUACUACAGGAGUUUGUAAAUUGAUAUUUUGAUUUAGUUUUGCUAUUGUUAAACGCGGACCCUUAUGAUUUCAAUUCAUAAAGAAUUUUCUCUGUUUUUGGAUUCUUCAUUUACUGGAGGCAUGCGAGUAAAACAAAGUUUAUUGAACAAAUUCAUCGUAACGAGGGAUGAGGAAUUGAUACACAAAUGGUUAUUCGGGAGAUGAAUUACAGUAUCCCUUUAAGAAGCAUUUGCUGUCCAGCUGAUCCAAGAGCCAAACAGCCAUGUGUUUCCAUUUGUCUGUGUUCAGCUCUUGGCCUUGUCCUUUCUCAGCUGUUAAAAUAACAGUCUAUGAGCCAGACAGCUUGUGUGUUAGCGUUUUGGCUAAACUAUUUCCCUGUGGUCAGAGCUUUAUGCAAUGCACUUAGUGGGUGUCUAAGGCCCUUUGUUCUUUCAGGUUUCUGUAAAGUGACUGUAUUAUUUUCAUCACUUAAAACCAUCAUUAGGGCAGCUCAUUUUACUUGAACAAUUUUUAAAUUACUUACCGGGCUUGGAUGUAUUGACUUCAAGUAAACAUACGUAAUGAACAACAGCAAGUGUCAAUAUCUUACGAUGAUGAGGUUAUAACCGGUAGAACGUCAUUGUUGGUAUGAUGCCAGACUAAUUAUGGUAAAAGAACUUUGCAGUUGGGGUGGGACAAAAUAUCAAUAUGGGAACAUCAGGGUUAUUUCCUCUUGUGCAACAUUUUCAAAACACUGGCACCUAAUACAAAUAUUUUUUAUUAAAACAUGCAAAAUAGAUCCCUCUUAUAAUUUGAUGUACCAGAGUCACUACUUCAUGACUCUUUGUCAACUGAGUCAAAGUGAAGUGAAAAGAAAAGUGGCAUUAACUAACUUUCAGUAAAGAAGAAACUCGCAGGAGGAAAAUGGCAAACAGUUCAAACACCGUUAGUCUAGGCCUACUUUGGCUUUUACAACACAUCUAGGAUAAACAAAAUUGCUAAAGACUAAACGAUAUGCAAGAAUGGUCUAAUAAACUUAAAGUAUGUGGGCAAGGCAACCAACAUGCCCGGUCACCAUCAUUAUCCUGCUCUUGUGUGGAAGAAAAUAGUGUUUCUUCUGCUUUUAAUUUCAUUUCAGUUUAAUCUCAGUCAUCAGAUUCUGUGAAACUGACACCACAAUUCAGUGAAUAAUUACAUAAUGGCUCAUUUUUGCCUUUCAAGGAGUAUUUUUUCUUCUUCAGCUGCACAGUCAUGGUGAUGCAUCCUUGACUCGCUGUGUCAUAGGCAACAUAUUGUGGUAGUUACAUAUCAUGAGUUACCCUGCAAUUCCCACCCCAACUUUGCAGGUGUGACAGUGAGCAUUUGUGUGAAACUUGCCCUCCUAUUUUCAAAUGUAUUCAUUAAAAUAAAUGAUUAAAUAGCCUUUCUUAAGUACUAUUCGGACAGUAUUAGUUUUACAUAGGGAUGUGGACUAAUGUCAGUUUACCACAGGAUGUCUGUAAUAUAAAUGUCCGAUUCGCAUGGGACAAGAAAUCUCCGUAAUUCUACCAGAGAUGGGAGUGGUAACUGGGUUUGCGCCCUGGCGUCACCUCCCUUUUCGGCAUGUGCGUGCUACCUUGCUUCCUGUAAGCAUCAGCUGAAGGAUAAUAAUAAUUAAUGAUUAGCCCAAUAUGAAAUAUUGCCCUUGAUCAGGAUCGUGUAUACACAACGAUUAGCAAUAUGGAUUUAUAUUAGGCCUACCUAACACAACCAGAAGUCUUGUGGCUCUGAAAAGUGCUUUCUUCUCGACCUUUUUGAUUGGUCUCCCACGUAGAGCUAUGCGAUCAUUAGAAGAAUGUCCACUAUCACGACUGCCGACAACACAGAAUGCUUCUUCAAGCACCCCCAUCGUCGAAAAAAUGCGGAAAAAUGGUUGUAAACAGGACGUGACGAAAUAUUUACAUACAUUUUUGCAGAGGAUCGUGUUCGCGCAGGAUUAAUAUUACCUGAGGUAUUUUCUCUGGACUGUGUUACAGAAGGUAAAAGUCGCCGUAAUUUUUACUGACAUUAUCCGUAAUGAUUACAGACAUGGCGCGUUCGGACAAUCCCUGGUAAUAAUUUCUUUAUCCCACGUCUCCACGUUAAACUAAUCUCGUCCAAUAGGGCUUUAGCUGACUGUCCUUUCUACUAAGGACGUGGUACAAUGUGCAGCUAUAAAUUGUGUGCUGAACUUUUAUAGAGUUCUAGCUUAUUGCUGACAAACAUGUGAUAUGCAGACAUGAGCAGGAGUGAACAUUACAAUAGUGCUGUCUCUGCCUGUUAUGCAGCCUGGUUAAAUGUUACACAGGAAACACAUAAGUCUUCAUUUUGAUUCUUUUAGAGGACACAGACUAGUUUGAAGCAACUUUCACCCUGAUUAUAUUUUCACAUUUAUACCAAAGGUAUUGUGUUAAUGCUGCAAAGAUGAAGGCACGGUUCACUUCAGUUUGCAGUAAGUGGGGUCCUCUUGUGAUUAGGAUGGCUAAGAAAAUGCUUACCGCAAAAAAAACUGAAUUAAUUGGAAGAAGUGCAAUUGAACUUUAAAAUGAGUUGUGUGAUUACAGACAAUAUGUUAGAACUUUGUGAAAAGUAACAGUCUCAGUAGCUCAACAGUGUAUGGAGAGCUCCAGAUCUAUAUUGGAUUAAGUAGUAGCACCUGUCUUUCUCUCACUCAUUAUGCAGCGUAGGGUCAGAUUGUUCCUCACUCUUUCUCCCCCCACUGUCCUCCCUGCUCAGUCUACCAUUAUGAUGCUUCUCAGCUGACCUUGUCACGUGACACAGUAUCGAGCCUUAACCUCUUCAUGUAACCAUGUCUGAAGGAUGGACACAAUGUGCACACACACACACUUCGACAGCUGAUCAUAAUUCAAUUAAAAAUCCCUUUGCUUGCUCUUUGAAAUUUGGCUGCUGCUGCAAGUGAUCCAUUCGCCAUAUCGCUUAUUGUACUCUGAUCCCAUGGCUUAGUGAUGGCAAAAUGAUCUUGACAGUUGUGCUAACACAACAAUCUUUGCUUUUUUUCUCACUUUGUUGAUGAGAAUUGAAUAAUGAGCAAACAAGGAAGUCACACUGCUUCUUAAUUCAGCUUUAGCUCACUAAAAUAACCUUUACUAAUAAACAAAAAAAUGCAGGUGAGUGAACCUUUUUUGAACAUUUAGUGAAUGAUCUGUUAUCAGGACAAACUUAAGUUGUUGUCAGUCAACCAUAAUCAUUAUUGGAAACCUUUCCUGCAACUCUUGUCUAAAAUAGUUCACCCUUCCCCCUUAAUUGUGCCUUUAUCUGUUGUACUCCAACUGUUGUAUUCCACCGCUAUAUAUUGGACUCAGAUGCAGAUGUGUUUGCCUUUUUUGUGAGUUGUUUGUUUCUUGCUUCUACCCUCUGUCCGCUUUGUUUCUCUCAAUGAAGGCUGUCCAUAUGAUGGGGUGGGCCAAGUAGUCGGACAUGACAAUACAUGACAUCUACUGAGUACAUUUAUCAAACAUUUUUAAAGAGCUGUGGUCAGUUUACAGUAAAAUACUGUGUUUAUUAGUGAGUAUUCUUAAAGGGAAACGUAGGUGUUUUUCAGCUUGGACCUUAUUUUCCCAUAUUUUUGUAUCUAAGUGACUAAUGGGAGCAACAAUUUUUGAAAUUGGUCCAAGAGGUAAGCAUGUAUUCAGUCAUUUAUAGCCUCCAAGCAGCAUCUAUAACCUUUUUUGUCUUAUUUUGUGCUCGUUAAUGCACAUUACAAAGAACGUUUUUCCUUAUUCUUAACUUUUUCAGUCACUAAUAAUUGUAUAUGGCAUUAAACAGCUCUGCAGUUACAUGUUCUUAUUGGCCUGCCAGUUCAUCAUGUACCAAUAUAGUUUGGAAUAGAUACAUUUACUUGCUUGAAGUGCACUUGAUUGACUUGACUUUAAGUCACUUAUUCCAUUUUCCUGUGCCAGUGGUCUCACUACACUUCAGAUAUGACACUAUUUCCGACUACAGCAUGUAUGGCAUCCCCUUUCUAUCAGUCAUGACGUCGUUGCUUGAUGAACUCUGUGUCAUGACGACCAAUUUUUCAAACUUGAAUCUCCCUUUUCUGUUGAAACUUCGUGUUUUCUGUGAAUGUGUGGACACACUGUCACCAGAUGCUAUAACAUUCCUCUUGGGCCUGGUUCCUGCCCUCCUUUCUCCACUCUCUAGCCGCCAAAACCCUUCAGAUCUUCAACAUCGAGAUGAAGAGCAAGAUGAAGGCACACACCAUGACGGACGACGUUACCUUCUGGAAGUGGAUCUCCCUUAACACAGUUGCACUUGUGACUGACACUGCUGUCUACCACUGGAGCAUGGAGGGUGACUCACAGCCUGUGAAAGUCUUUGACCGCCACUCUAGCCUGGCAGGCUGCCAGAUCAUCAACUACCGCACUGACGCCAAGCAGAAGUGGCUCUUGCUCAUCGGCAUCUCAGCCCAGCAAAAUCGGGUAGUUGGAGCCAUGCAGCUCUACUCAGUUGACAGAAAGGUGUCCCAGCCCAUUGAAGGCCAUGCUGCCAGCUUCGCCCAGUUCAAGAUGGAGGGGAAUUCAGAGGAGUCAACUCUGUUUUGCUUCGCUGUCAGAGGGCAGGCUGGAGGGAAGUUGCAUAUCAUUGAAGUGGGGACCCCACCAACUGGAAACCAACCAUUUCCAAAGAAAGCAGUGGAUGUGUUCUUCCCUCCAGAAGCCCAGAAUGACUUUCCUGUGGCCAUGCAGAUAAGCUCCAAGCAAGAUGUGGUUUUCCUCAUAACCAAAUAUGGCUACAUUCAUUUGUAUGAUUUGGAGACCGGCACCUGCAUCUACAUGAACCGCAUCAGCGGAGAGACCAUCUUUGUUACCGCUCCACAUGAGGCCACCGCAGGCAUCAUCGGAGUCAACAGGAAGGGACAGGUGCUGUCAGUCUGUGUGGAAGAGGAAAACAUCAUCCCCUACAUCACUAAUGUGCUCCAGAAUCCAGAUCUGGCUCUCCGCUUAGCUGUCCGUAACAACCUCGCCGGUGGUGAAGAGCUCUUUGCACGCAAGUUCAACACCCUGUUUGCUGCUGGAAACUACUCUGAGGCCGCCAAGGUUUCUGCCAAUGCGCCAAAGGGCAUCCUGCGAACCCCAGACACCAUCCGUCGCUUCCAGAGCGUUCCGACUCAGCCAGGCCAGACCUCUCCCUUGCUGCAGUACUUUGGUAUCCUGUUGGACCAGGGCCAGCUCAACAAGUUUGAGUCCCUCGAGCUCUGCAGGCCUGUCCUCCAGCAGGGACGUAAGCAGCUCCUGGAGAAGUGGCUGAAGGAAGACAAGUUGGAGUGUUCGGAGGAACUGGGUGACCUGGUGAAGGCAGUGGAUCCCACCUUGGCUCUCAGCGUCUACCUGAGGGCCAACGUCCCCAACAAGGUCAUCCAGUGCUUUGCAGAGACCGGUCAGUUCCCAAAGAUCGUCCUGUACGCCAAGAAGGUGGGCUACACUCCAGACUGGAUCUUUCUGCUCAGGAAUGUUAUGCGAAUCAACCCAGAACAAGGCCUGCAGUUUGCCCAGAUGCUGGUCCAGGAUGAAGAACCGCUGGCUGACAUCACACAGAUCGUGGAUGUAUUCAUGGAGUACAACCUGAUCCAGCAGUGCACCUCCUUCCUCCUGGAUGCUCUGAAGAACAACAGACCCUCAGAAGGACCACUGCAGACUCGCCUGCUGGAGAUGAACCUCAUGCACGCUCCACAGGUUGCUGACGCUAUCCUGGGCAACCAAAUGUUUACCAACUACGAUCGUGCCCACAUCGCCCAGCUGUGUGAGAAGGCUGGACUCCUGCAAAGGGCGCUGGAGCACUACACUGACCUCUAUGACAUCAAGCGUGCUGUGGUGCACACACACCUGCUCAACCCAGAGUGGCUGGUGAACUUCUUUGGCUCCCUGUCGGUGGAGGACUCUCUGGAGUGCCUCAGGGCCAUGCUGUCAGCCAACAUCCGCCAGAACCUGCAGAUCUGUGUGCAGGUGGCCUCCAAGUACCAUGAACAGCUCACCACACAGUCUCUCACUGAGCUCUUUGAGUCCUUCAAGAGUUUUGAAGGUCUCUUCUACUUCCUGGGCUCUAUUGUCAACUUCAGUCAGGACCCUGAAGUUCAUUUCAAAUACAUCCAGGCCGCCUGCAAAACGGGCCAGAUCAAAGAGGUGGAGAGGAUCUGUAGAGAGAGCAACUGCUAUGACCCUGAGCGCGUCAAGAAUUUCCUCAAGGAGGCCAAACUCACCGACCAGCUACCGCUCAUCAUCGUCUGUGACCGCUUUGACUUUGUCCACGACCUGGUCCUCUACCUGUACCGCAACAACCUCCAAAAGUACAUUGAGAUCUAUGUUCAGAAGGUGAAUCCCAGCCGUCUGCCUGUUGUGGUUGGUGGACUCUUAGAUGUGGACUGCUCCGAGGAUGUCAUCAAGAGCCUGAUCCUGGUCGUCAGGGGACAGUUCUCCACUGAUGAGCUGGUUGCUGAGGUGGAAAAGAGGAACAGACUGAAGCUGCUGCUGCCCUGGCUGGAGUCUCGUAUCCACGAAGGCUGCGAGGAGCCCGCCACCCACAAUGCUCUGGCCAAGAUCUACAUUGACAGCAACAACAACCCUGAACGCUUCCUGAGGGAGAACCCGUUCUACGACAGCCGCGUGGUGGGAAAGUACUGCGAGAAGAGAGACCCCCACCUGGCCUGUGUGGCCUACGAGAGGGGACAGUGUGACCAGGAGUUGAUCAAUGUCUGCAAUGAGAACUCCCUGUUCAAGAGCUUGUCUCGCUACCUCGUGCGCCGUAAAGACCCUGACCUGUGGGCUAGUGUGCUGCUGGAGACCAACCCCUUCAGACGCCCACUCAUUGACCAGGUGGUGCAGACAGCGCUGUCAGAAACUCAGGACCCAGAGGAGGUAUCAGUCACAGUCAAGGCCUUCAUGACCGCAGACCUGCCCAACGAGCUCAUUGAGCUGCUGGAGAAGAUUGUGUUGGACAACUCUGUCUUCAGUGAACACAGAAAUCUGCAGAACCUGCUGAUCCUCACUGCAAUCAAGGCCGACCGUACCCGUGUGAUGGAGUACAUCAGCAGGCUAGACAACUACGACGCUCCCGACAUCGCCAACAUUGCCAUCAGCAACGAGCUCUUCGAGGAGGCCUUUGCCAUCUUCAAGAAGUUUGACGUCAACACCUCUGCUGUGCAGGUGCUGAUCGAACAUAUUGGCAACCUGGACCGGGCCUAUGAGUUUGCAGAACGCUGCAAUGAGCCGGCUGUGUGGAGCCAGCUGGCUAAGGCUCAGCUACAGAAGGACUUGGUAAAAGAGGCCAUCGACUCCUACAUCAAAGCCGAUGAUCCCUCUGCAUACAUGGAGGUGGUCCAGGCUGCUGAUAAGAGCGGUAACUGGGAGGACUUGGUCAAAUUCCUUCAGAUGGCUCGUAAGAAGGCCCGUGAGUCCUACGUGGAGACAGAGCUCAUCUUUGCCUUGGCCAAAACCAACCGCCUGGCUGAACUGGAAGAGUUCAUCAACGGACCCAACAACGCUCACAUCCAGCAGGUUGGUGACCGCUGUUACGAUGAGAAAAUGUAUGACGCCGCCAAGCUGCUCUACAACAACGUCUCCAACUUUGGUCGUCUGGCUUCGACUCUGGUGCACCUCGGGGAGUACCAGGCUGCUGUGGAUGGCGCCCGGAAGGCCAACAGCACCCGCACCUGGAAGGAGGUGUGCUUCGCCUGCGUGGACGGAAAGGAGUUCAGACUUGCCCAGAUGUGCGGCCUCCACAUCGUGGUGCACGCUGAUGAGCUGGAGGAGCUCAUCAACUACUACCAGGACCGCGGUUACUUUGAGGAGCUGAUCACCAUGCUGGAGGCCGCCCUGGGUCUGGAGCGUGCUCACAUGGGGAUGUUCACGGAGCUGGCCAUCCUGUACUCCAAGUUCAAGCCACAGAAGAUGAGGGAGCAUCUGGAGCUCUUCUGGUCCAGGGUCAACAUCCCGAAGGUCCUGAGAGCAGCAGAGCAGGCUCACCUGUGGGCCGAGCUCGUCUUCCUGUACGACAAGUACGAGGAGUUCGACAACGCCAUCAUCACCAUGAUGAACCACCCUACAGAUGCCUGGAAGGAGGGACAGUUCAAAGACAUUAUCACCAAGGUGGCCAACGUGGAGCUGUACUACAAAGCCAUCCAGUUCUAUCUGGAGUUCAAGCCCUUGUUACUGAAUGAUUUACUCAUAGUGCUUUCUCCCAGACUGGACCACUCCCGUGCUGUCAACUUCUUCACCAAGGUGAAACAGCUGCCUCUGGUCAAACCCUACCUGCGGUCAGUACAGAACCACAACAACAAAUCAGUCAAUGAAGCACUUAACAACCUCUUCAUCACAGAGGAGGACUAUCAGGCACUGAGGACAUCAAUAGAUGCCUAUGACAACUUUGACAACAUCUCACUGGCCCAGCGCCUGGAGAAGCACGAGCUGAUUGAGUUCAGGAGAAUCGCUGCUUACCUCUUCAAGGGCAACAACCGCUGGAAACAGAGUGUGGAGCUCUGCAAGAAAGACAAGCUCUAUAAGGACGCCAUGCAGUAUGCGUCAGAGUCCAAGGACAUCGAGCUGGCAGAGGAGCUGCUGUCCUGGUUCCUACAGGAGGACAAGAAAGAAUGUUUCGCCGCCUGCCUGUUCACCUGCUACGAUCUGCUGCGGCCCGACGUGGUGCUGGAGACUGCCUGGAGGCACAACAUCAUGGACUUUUCUAUGCCAUACUUCAUUCAGGUCAUGAGGGAGUACCUCAGCAAGGUUGAUGCAGUUAAGGAACAGGUAGAUAAACUAGAAACCUCAGAGUCCCUAAGAAAAGAGGAGGAGCAGGCAACAGAGACGCAACCCAUCGUCUACGGCACACCUCAGCUGAUGCUGACAGCGGGCCCCAGCGUACCCGUGCCCCCCCAGCCGGCUUACGGCUAUGGCUACCAGGCGCCUGCAGGAUACAGUCAGCCAGCAGCUCAGCCAGGCUUCGGCUACGGCAUGUAAAGACCCUGACCCCUUCUCUCCACAUGCAGGCUGGAGCAACCAUCCAUCCAUCUCCCACAGUCCUUCACCAGACCAUGAGUGUCUCUCUCUGACCUCUACAGGCAGCGGGGGGAAUUACACACGACCCUUGUUUCUGUUUUUUUUUUUUUUUUUACUUUUCCCCCUUUUUAAACUGUCAUGAAGGACUCAGUUUUAUUUCUGUUGUCAAAGAAAAAGAUCGAAUCACAAAGAUUAAUUUUCUCACAUUCCGUGUUGACUAGAUUAAUUUUUCUUUUGUCUAUUUUAUUUGAAUGGGAAAUGGUUUAUGUACAAUGGGCGGGGGGGCUUGUGGGAAGAGCUAGUCCUCUUCUCAGUUUAAAAAAGAAAAGGUCUGUUGUGAAGCAUCUGAUUUGCACUCUGUAGUGAGAAGAAAUUAAUGUAGAACCUCUUCCUUUUGAUGUGUGUGAGCAGCUUCUUCUGUCCGACUGUAAAAUGCAUUUAAUUAUUGUAUAUUCAGACACACACACACACAAAACGCUACUAUGUUCCUCUAUAUUUGACUGCCGCUACCAUGACCACAAUCCUGAAACACUACGUCGUGUCCCCGCACACACACUUCAGGGCUGUUUCUUGAAGAAAAACCCAAGAGAGUAUUUUACACACAAUUCCAGCUAAGCCUAUGCAGGACUCUCCAAAUAAAUUUGCAUUCAGAUGACAUUUCCAUGUGCUUUGAAUACUGCUCUAAUGUGGGACCAUUCCACCUCAGGAGGGUCUGCAGACCUGUUUGUGUUUGACUAACAUGCCCCGUGCCCCCUCUCUAUGCUGCGGUUUGUUUCUGCUGGAUCUCAUUUUAGGUGUGCAGGAGAGAGAUUUUUCAGACUUGGGGGGUUGCCUUUAACCUUUUCAGUCAACCUGCUCAUCCAGCUCAGAAACAGAAUGACAGGACUUGUGGUAAUUUGAAGUUUUUAUCAAAGGCUUGCGUGUAUACAGGAAAUCAAUCAUUAACUCCUUUGAACUUAUAUUCUUAUCUAAAUUACCUUAGAUUUAAAUUGUGCACUUAAGAUACUUGAUUGUGCAUAAUCAGGAUCAUAAUGAAUGAAACAGCGGUUUUGUUUUCCACUUAAAAAAAAAAUAAAGGCUUCUUGUUUGUCAAGAA